AUGUCUCUCCCUCUCGUUCUGGCCCUGCUGUUCACUCUAUCUUCGAUGCAGGUUGACGCUGGCAAGCGUCUUCAAGCACGCAUGUUAAUACAGAACCACAACUCAUCACAGCCGGAAGGGUUCGUGGUUGAAGCUCACGAAGACUGGGCUCCUCACGGAUACCAGCGCUUCAAGGAGCUGCUGGUCGAUCAUUACUUUGACGGAGCUCGUUUCUUCAGAGCCAUCGAGUUAUUUGUGGCCCAAUGGGGCCUGCCGGCCGAUCCUGCCAUUGCAAACAAGUACGAAGGUAUUCCAGAUGACGAGGUCGUCGAGCGUAAUGGCAAAGGCUUCAUCUCGUUCGCUGCGACGGGUCUGAAAGACUCCCGAACGACACAGUUGUUCAUCAACCUCCGUGAUAACUACCACUUAGAUCAGAGUUUUCCACCAGUGGCGAAGGUGGUCGAAGGCAUGGAUGUAGUUGAGCGUAUGAACUUCGAGUACGGCGACCAUCCUAGUCAAGCGUAUACACGUAUCCAAGGCGAGUCUUAUCUCGCUAAGGAGUUCCCAAGGUUGACCAAAAUCGUGAAAGCGGAGAUUUUGCGUGAGGAAGAAGACGAUAAAUUUGUAUUAUUCAUGCCGACCCAAGGAGGGGGCGAAUUGGUGCCGACCACUCGGCAAGCCGUAGGGCGAGGUGUGAAGAGGAUACCGCUGAAGAAUGUCGAGGAGAAGCGGACAGCGAAGAUCCGCCGUAGGCAAGUCCGACGAGGGUUGAAGAUUGUUGAGGAGAGCCUCACUAAAGGACCGGAUCUUACAGUGUGGGAGAUUAUGAAGCACGAGAUCAAUCUGAUGGAGGACGGCACCGUGGACGAGUUCGCUGGCAUCGGUGUUGCCAACUGUACCAAAGUGGCACCCAACACCCAGUUUCCAGUAGGGAGUGUUCUUCGAGCUCUGCAGGACAUGAGUACGGGAUGCGAGGCUGAACACUGGCUAGAGGUGGGAUGCAUAUCGACUCAAGUGUGCCCAGUACUGGCCAAGGCUGCCGAGCUCUUUGCUAUGGAUGUCAGCGCCAGAGCGUACAUGACCUCUGAGAUGGCGUAUGUGGACCCCUCAGUGGCGCGGUGUCGACGACGUCUUAUGGCCUAUGACCUCACAGAAGCUCUAGGUAGAUCCCCAUGCUUUGAUUUCCUAGUGGAUGUUCUCCCUGCAACGCCGAUAACUGCUGUACGACGAGUCCAUGCAGGGGAGUGUCCUUCCCCACCUAAGCCAGCAGAUGUCACUGUGCCCCCUGAGCUGCUCGUCUCGUCCUCGAGUGAGGAGAGCGAGAGCGAGCAUGAGCCCGACAAGAAAGACGUGGAGAAUUCGGAAGCGGUGGAGGAGGACAUCGUAUUCGAGGAAGCUGACUUUGAGUUCGCGCAGCAUGCUUUUGCCAGUUGAAUUGAAGCGUAUCAUG